GUUAAACAGUGGAUUGACUUGUCAUGUGAUAUAACAGUGGACUGUCUCUGCAAAGUUGGUAAGCUGGGAUCUACAGAAUCGCAGUCAUGGUUAGAAACGGGAAAGAUUGUCACGAAAAAACGAUGUGUGGCUGGCUUUUUGACACUUGAGGACUUGUGGGUUGUCAAGAGUUGUCAAUAAAGUUACAAAGCAAAAAUCGUUUUUUGAGGUUAAUUCUCUGCUAUUUCUGAAUUUGAAAAUUGAUUAGAAUUUUGUAAGAUGUCUUCAAGAUACGAUCGUGCUAUAACAGUAUUCUCACCAGAUGGACAUUUGCUACAAGUAGAAUAUGCCCAAGAGGCCGUUAGGAAAGGAUCAACUGCCGUUGGAGUCAGAGGAGCCAAUGCAGUAGUUCUAGGUGUUGAAAAAAAAUCUGUUGCAAAACUGCAAGAGGAACGCACAGUAAGAAAGAUAUGCCUGUUAGAUGACCAUGUUGUUAUGGCAUUUGCUGGACUUACUGCUGAUGCUAGGAUAUUGAUCAAUAGAGCGCAAAUAGAAUGUCAGUCACAUAAACUGACCGUAGAAGAUCCUGUCACCUUAGAAUAUAUCACAAGGUAUAUAGCCUCACUGAAGCAGAAGUACACUCAAAGCAAUGGGCGACGUCCAUUUGGUAUAUCUUGUCUUAUAGGUGGUUUUGAUUAUGAUGGAAAACCUCAUCUUUACCAGACUGAACCUUCAGGUAUUUACUAUGAAUGGAAAGCCAACGCGACUGGACGAUCCGCAAAAACCGUUCGAGAAUUUCUCGAAAAAUAUUAUACAGCAGAAGAAGUAGCUACAGAGAAAGGCACUGUAAAGUUAGCUAUCAAAGCUCUUCUAGAGGUGGUUCAAUCUGGCCAAAAGAAUUUGGAAAUUGCCGUGAUGAGACACGGCGAACCAUUGGAGAUGUUGGACGGGGAUACAAUUGAAAAGUACGUUUCCGAAAUUGAAAAAGAGAAGGAGGAAGAAGCUGAGAAGAAAAAAGCGAAGAAGUGAAGGUGUUUCACGUUUGCUGAUCAUAUUUUUAAUUUUAAGCUUGGCGGAAUGUCUUUUCUAAUAAAGUUCAAAUGUUCAUUUUAUGUGUUUUUUAGAUAUCCAUUAAACCGACCAACGACGUCAACUACUAAUGUUCUAGGUGUUUGCCAAAUAAACUUUCAAAGUUUGUAAGAAACGAAUAUUAGAAUACCCAAGCAUACAUCCACACUUUUUAAACUGUUUAUCCUACAAUGUUACUAUUAUUUAUAUUGAUCUUCCUAAAGUAUAUUUAGUAAACAAUUUUCAUUACCUGUCUUUCUACAAAAAAUUAAAACAAUAUUACCUAACCCCCC